GCUUCCGGCGGGGCGAUGCCGCCCUUCGCCUCGGGGCUGCUGGUGCUGACGGCGCCGCUGCCCGCGCUGCCCCGGCGGGCGGCGGGGCUGGUGGCGGCGGCGGCGGGGCUGGUGGCGGGGCCGCUGUACGUGCAUCUGCAGCCGGGGCUGCGGCUGGGCGGCCCCGCCGCCGGCCCCGCCGCUCCGCCCGCGGGCCCCGCGCUGCUGCGGGCUCUGGCCGCGCUGUACACGGCGGCGGCGGCGCGGCGGGGGCUGGACCUGCGCGUCCUGCUCGGCCCCGGCCGCCGCCUGGCACGGCAGCCCCGCGUCCUGCUGGCGGCCGCCGCCGAGGCGCCGGGGCCGCCGGAGCCGGUGCAGCUCGGGCUGCAGCGCCUGGCCGCCGCUGUGUACGGCUGCCCGCCGAGCCUGCCCGCGCUGCUGCUGGGCGAGGACACCGAGGGGGACCCCGAGGGGGACCCCCAGCCGGAUCCUGACGCGACGCUCCCCGAAUUCUUGGACGUGGCUGUUGGCGGCACCUUCGACCGGCUGCACGGCGCCCACCGGCUCCUGCUCAGCGCCUGCUGCCUCCUGGCCCGGCGGCGGCUCCUGGCCGGGGUGGCCGACGGAGAGCUGCUCCGCCACAAGGUCCUGCCAGAGCUGAUCGAGCCGUACGAGCUGCGGGCGGCGAAGCUGCGCGAGUUCUUGGAGGAUGUGAAGCCCUCGCUGUGCUACGACAUCGUGCCUCUGGCCGACCCCUUCGGCCCCUCAGUCACAGACCCCGAGCUGCAGUGCCUGGUGGUCAGCGAGGAGACCCACCGGGGAGGGGAGGCCGUGAACAGGAAGAGACUUGAAAACGGGCUCCCCGAGCUGGCUCUGUACGAAAUCCAGUUGAUGAAGGACCCUGAGCACAGUCAGAACGAGGAGGAGAAGAUCAGCUCCUCCAGCCUCCGGCAGAGGCUGCUGGGGACCCUGCUGCAGCCCCCACGGCGAGACCCAGCUCUGCCGCUGCGCCCGUACGUGAUCGGGCUGACUGGGGGAACUGGGAGUGGGAAAACCUCCAUGGCCAAACUCCUGGGGCAGCUGGGCGCCUUCGUCAUCGACGCUGACCAGCUGGGCCAUGCUGUCUAUGUCCCUGGUGGCCCGGCCUACGAGCCAGUGGUGGCAGCCUUUGGGGCAGAGAUCCUGAACAAAGAUGGAACGAUUAACAGGAAAGUCCUCGGGGCCAAAGUGUUUGGAAACCAGGAGCAGCUGAAGAGGCUGACGGACAUUGUGUGGCCCAAAAUAGCCCAGUUGGUGAAGGAGAGGGUCAGGGAGGCCGAUGCUCAAGGGAAGGCCGUGUGUGUGCUGGACGCUGCCGUGCUGCUGGAGGCCGGCUGGCAGGACAUGGUCCACGAGGUGUGGACAGCCAUCAUCCCCGAGGAGGAGGCCGUGAGGCGCAUUGUGGCCAGGGACGGGCUGACCGAGGAGGCCGCUCGCCAGCGGCUGCAGAGCCAGAUGAGCAACAGGCAGCGGGUAGAGCAGUCCCAGGUGGUGCUCUGCAGCCUCUGGGAGCCGCACAUCACCCGCCAGCAGGUGCAGAAGGCCUGGGACCUGCUGCAGCGGCGCCUCAGCCCGGAGCCCGGCCCGUGAGGGCCCGUCCUGCCGCCACGGCCGUGCCGCGCUCCGUGCCCAGCCACCACUGCCCACCGCGAGCGGACGGACUGAGCAGCGUGGAACCGAGAGCACCGGCCCCGUCCAGCUCCGGCGAGGGUCCGGGGCGUCCUGCGGUCCCCCGGUGAGGGGGAGCCCUGCAGGGCUGAGCCCCGCUGGGUGACAGUAAAGAGGCUGCUCCUGCA